UCAUGAAGGAACUGGCUCUGAUCCAGUAACUGUUUUACGCGUCAAGCCUCCUUUCUGCACGCUGAUCGCGAUUGUGGACGCGAUAUUCUUACAAUAUACUCGAUUAUCGCGUAUCCGGGGUCGGCGCGAUACUUUGUUUGCCCUUCCCCCGAUGCUCGCCGUACCAGAUACCAGGUGAUCGCCUGCUGCUUUGAACGGGGAGCCCCCAGAAAACAUCACCGUGGGGUUCUUUAGCAAGAUCUACAGAGCGGCUAGUGGAGCUAGGGAUACGCUCAAGCUGGCGACGGAAGUGACAUACACUAUGGCGGCGACUGCGCCGGCCACUUAUGAUGAUGAUACCAAAUUGGACCCGCAGGGCGACGUGGUCGACAGCGACCAAGAUGCAGAGGGGGAAGAAGACACGGAUCUGUAUCAGAUGGACCAACAGCUCCAAAACGCCGUCCACAAGGCAGCCUCGGGACAUGACGACGACGAUGCUUCUCAGGCGGGGCAUCAAGAUGAUGCGCAAAACGAUGAGACGCGAGAGAACAAAGGCAAAGAUGUCGCGCGUCCUCUCCAGGAGGAGGAUGACGAUGAGGCAGCCCCAGUGGGAGCCGUGAAAUUACCCGACGGUCAAGCAAACUCUGACAGCGAAGAUGCAGAGUCGGAUGCUGGAGAUGCCGAUGCUGCGUUCGAAGACGAAAGCAAUGAAGGUAAUGGGAAAUCGGAGUCUGGGUCUGGCAGCGACGAGUCAGACGCUGAGGAAGAAGAAUGGGAAGCUGAAAGCAAUGAUGGCGAUGAUGCAGAAGGCGACAAAACGGGUCGAGGGAACUGCAUAUUCUGCGGCCAAGAUGAGGAGCAUGAUCCAGCUGAGGAGUACGAGGAAUACUUAACCUGUGCUGUUUGUGGUGAUCAUUCGCACCGACAAUGUGCCCGAGAACAAGAUGCCCUCAAGAGCGAUGAUGAUGCGGAAAAAUGGAGAUGUCCCAGUUGUGUACAAAACAAGCUGGAACCAGAUCCAGGCGACGAGAGUACUCCUCGUCGCAGGUCGGGCUUGCAUAACAUCACAAAAGAGUUAUUGCCUGCGCAUAUUGAUGCGCAAGAUCCUGAGUCGCAUUCUAUCUUCAACACGGUCAUUCUUGAUGAUCCAACGGGCGGUUCGCGGUCUCUGAGAAAGAGGAAGGCUUCUUCUGUAGAUGUAGAAGAACAUGUGCCGGUGCUGCGGAAGCGACAGAGACAGACGCCAUCACGAUCCAUGUCGAGAACCGCAGAUGCUGGCCUUGGAGCGGUGGAUGUCGGGGCGGCUGACACUUUGUCUGCAGCACGGACGCGUCUACGGCGUACACGAAAAACUGAUAAGGAGCCCUGUCGCGUUGUCCAAAAAUCUCUGGGGAAGUUGGUUCUCGCUUUUCGUCUCGACGAAGCCAGGGUAUCGAGGAUUCUCAGCUCUCGACCGAGACCGAAGAACAGGAAACGCAAGCCUCCCAAGCGAGAGCCGGUAGUGGAACAGCCGCUAAGUCACUUCGCUCCCAUAAGCACGACCUACAUCUCGCCUUUUUACUCAUUCCAUGAUGGCGAGAAUGACGACCUGAAAUCAAAGCCAUAUGGGGGAAUCUUAUCAGAAUCCGACGCCGACACGAGUCGAACUCUGCCUACCCAGGCCGACCGAGAGAAAUUCGAGCUGGCUCGACGGAAAGCAGAAGAGGAUUGGCAGAAGAAGAUCAGGGAAACCGAGCCUAUCGAGACAGUUAAUCGUGCCCAGGCAAAACUAUCAGGACCGCCUAGCAAGAUCAAGUGCAUCAAUUUCGGCGGUUACGAGAUCGAGACCUGGUACGCAGCACCGUAUCCCGAAGAAUACAGUCGGAACCGGGUGCUUUACAUCUGCGAAUUCUGUUUGAAGUAUAUGAACUCGGACUUUGUCGCCUGGCGCCACAAACUCAAGUGCCCUGCAAAGCAUCCUCCCGGCGAUGAGAUAUAUCGCGACGGCUCCAUCUCCAUCUUCGAGGUGGACGGACGCAAGAAUCCGGUGUAUUGCCAGAACCUUUGUCUCCUUGCGAAACUUUUCCUUGGAUCGAAGACUCUCUACUAUGAUGUGGAACCUUUCCUCUUCUACGUCAUGACCGAAUAUGAUGAUCUGGGGUGCCACUUUGUCGGGUACUUCAGUAAAGAAAAGCGCCCGAGCUCUUCCAACAAUGUUUCCUGCAUCUUAACUCUACCUAUCCACCAGCGCAAGGGCUAUGGAAAUCUUCUCAUAGACUUCUCCUAUCUUCUCACACGAGUGGAGCGAAAGACAGGAUCUCCAGAGAAGCCUCUUUCCGAUAUGGGUCUCGUGUCAUACCGCAACUACUGGCGUCUGGUUCUUUCAUAUCAACUACGCAACCAGAAGACUCCUGUCAGUAUCGCUGAACUCUCAGAGCGCACUGGAAUGACUCCAGAUGACAUCGUCUCUGGUCUUGAAGGGCUGCGGGCGCUUGUGAGAGAUCCUGUCACGAAGACCUAUGCGCUGCGUCUCAAUUACGAUUAUUUCGAAGAAUAUAUCCGAAGUUGGGAGUCCAAAGGAUACGUGCAGCUGAAUCCCGACGCUUUAGUAUGGACACCAUAUAUUAUGGGACGCAGCAACCAGUCGCACUACGAUCGAGCUCCAAUCCAUACCGUCGCUCAAAGGGAUGAUGAAGAAGAGCAAGAGGUAGAUGAAGAAAAUGCAGCUCGGCCUAGCUCAGCCGGUAAGAAUAUCAACGGGGAAGUCAAUCAUGAUGCUGGCUCGCGGCCUUCUGGAGACGGUGUUCAGCGUGCAGAUGGCUUGCCAUAUGAGCCGGCUGGGCCGCCACCGACGGCCGCACUAUCAUUUGGUGACAUCUCUCCGAAGAAACCUAACGGAUUGCAUCCUCCUUCAACAACGGGGACGGCGGAGACAUCCACGCCAGCCAACCCUGCUGCCGGUAUACCGCCCACGAGAUUUGAGAUCUUCCCACCAAUUCAGGGUAUUCCCCCGAAGAGGCGGCCCGGUCGUCCUUUCGGUAGAAGCUCUUUCAGCAAAGUAACGGCCACACCAACGGCGCUCCGGACCGGUGGCCGAAGCACGCCGCGGAGACAAAGUACGUUAGCAUCGGGGGACCCUGCGGCUGGUCCCUCUACUGUUAGACGAGGAAGAAGUGCCAAAUUAUUCGAUGCUCUAACGGCCGAGUCACCAGUUGCCAACGGGAAUGGGAAAGCGGAUGAGUCAAACGACGGCACAGUCGAACAAGAGGCCGCUCCAGUAGCAGACCAAGAUACUGCUGAAGUUCCAGAAGCGAAUAGCACAGAGAACCUCAAGACAACAGAGGAACCAACUGUAGCAAAUGGUACUGAUGCUCCAGAGGAAAAGGCUGUCAAUGGAAGGCUCAAGAGCCCCAGCAAGAACCCGACGACAUUACCUAAGGAAGAGAGCACUGAAGGGACUACGCGUACGACUCGCUCUUUCGACAAGAAACCUAUCGGCGCUGUCGAGAAGAUCGAAGUUGUGAUAUCUUCAGAAGGCGGCGUUGCCAGCAAUGAUAGCGAUGUGGAUGCAGAAGGGGAAGAUGUCGACGCUGAAGGCGAUAUUGUACUAACAGGACAAUAAACUCACGGAGGCAGUCGUCUUGCAAAUUAGACAGCGACUAUCAUUAGUUUUUUUUUCUACGAAAAAAGGAGUAUCUCGACGGGAAUGAUUCAAUGACGGAUAAUUUACGGGAAUGCACGGGUCUUCUUUUCCUUUUCGGUUUGGAGCCCGGCAGAGGAUAGGCGUUCGGUUUGUUAUUUUCUUCUACAGCGAACUUGACUUUCAUGCGGCAUGUUUUAUCGUCCUGUUGGAGCUGUAUUCCCCCAUCAAAUCUUUUGGGUUUGCCGCUUAACACCUGUACCUAGCAGCUGACUUUGCUUUUCAGUUGCUUUCUCUUUCUUUUCGUUUCUCCUCUGUAUUGUAACCAUUGGCCGUUUCUAUUCGUUUCGCAGAGAGGCCAUGGCUUCUCUUGAUCAUUGUGAGAUAUCAUAUGAGCAGAGUUAAGCCGGGCAAAAUGUGCAAUAAUUCAUAUUAUCUCUUAAAUCCAUUGUCAGUAUCC